AUGAAUGACAGCGAGGCGUGGGAGGCUCGGCGGCGGUCCGUCCUCGGCACCGAUGGCCCGUCGGCGUCCGAGGGUGCCCGGAUGCGCCGGUCGCGGUCCUGGCGCGAGCCCGGCGCCUCCACCGGGUACGUCCCGGCCGUCAACGACAGCGAUCACUGGGAGAAUACGCGGAGGACCGUGCGAGGAGAGGCGGUGCAGCCACCGGUUGUGCGCGCUCAGACCACGCGCCAUUCGCUCGCCGCGCGCGAUCUGGACGCGGGCGGCCCGUCCGCGGCUCGCGGCAGGCAGCCGACAACCUUUCUGCAGCAGGACGAGGCGGGGCAGGAGCGGCAAGCACGGGUGGUGCGACGCGGGCGGUUUCGAAAGUUCCGGCUGCUCAUCCUCUUCAUGUCGCUCCUCGGGAUUGGCUUUCUCUUCGCCACUCCGCGCGGCGGGGUGAGCGGAUUUGGGCGCCGCUCCAACCAGUACGUGCAGCACAUCGUCGAAAAGGGGAAGUCGUGGACGGCGACGCAGCUGGAGUUCGUGCAGCGAUGGCAGUACGGGAUGCAGCUCUUCGACCUCUACUCCGCCGUGAGGCGCGGCCAGUGGCCCGCCUCGGCGUGCGAGGAGGAGGGCUGGAGCUGUCUACGAGCUCUCCGGGAGCCGUUGGCUGUAGGCAGCGUGCAGCCCGGCGAGCUGAUCGCGGACCAGCCGGCCCCCUGCACCGGGGAGGCGGAGCACCUCUUCUCGAGCUCGCUGUGGCAGUCCGUCUCGAAGCUCGCCAAGAAGGGGCGGCUGCAGGGCGCCGACGACACGCGGUGGGAGUUGCUCAACCGGGCGAGUCAAGGCGGCGGUUUCGUCGCCGUCUCUUGGCGCUCCACCGUAGAGCGCCUCUUCUGCUGGAGCCUUCCCGGAGCCUUCUCGGAACCUUCCCGAAGGCGCUCGACCUUCCUCGACUACCUCUUCUCGUGGAACGCGACCUGGAGCGAUUUUGCGCACGGAGCCCGCCCCUUCGGCUCGAGCCGCCCCUCCCGUCCCGUGAGCAACUAUCUGGCGACUCGGCUCGCUCUGUCGGCCACAGGCGUCUACGUCGGCGCGCUGUCUGCGCGCACCUUCCGGUCUAGCGACGCGACGGCGCUGCGCGCAGAGAUGCUGCCGCCUGGCCCUCCGCCAGACGGGCCGCGCCGCGGGGUCAGCGGCGUCGAGCUCGCGAGAGUGCGGCUGCGCGCGCCCGGCCGGCUUGGCGUCGACGGCGCGGACGACUGGAUGGGAGGGGCGCGGUUUAUUGUCAUCGACCCGGAGACGGGCGCCCCCGCGCACGGCUCGGACUAG